CAGAAAGCAGCAGCUCCAGUGGAGGUUCAAGCUGGCAGCUAGUACGGCAGCUAUACGAGGAUUCAUGACAGAGGUUACCGGGUUGACCAGCUGCAUCUCAACACGCAAGCUUCACUCGGCGCCGCGGCACCCUGGACACUGCGACUCCAGGUGGAUUCACACACCGCUGCCCUGCUCUCCUCCGCCCGCCUUCGUAUUCAAAGUCACUCAGAGCUGAACUCCCGCUACCAGCUAACAGACUGACCAGACUGCCACUGUAUGAUCCUAGCUAGCUGGGGAUCAAAACAAGGACAAUCGCUCAAAGUUUAAGCGACGUUUGUGUUUGACCAGCCAGAGGAUCCACCACACGGAAGAGACACGGGCUCCGGGAAGAGAGCGACAGUACUCGGGAGCCAGGCGGCCAGGCUAGCGAGGGUGGUGGCCGGAUAAACUAGGGGUUGCCUCCAGCUCCUGGUGGAUUUAUCCACUGCCAGCUAACGUUAGCCAAGCUAGCUCCAAACAGCACCAUGGAUUGGUUAAUGGGGAAGUCGAAGACGAAGCCAAAUGGAAAGAAGCCACCGGCUGAGGAGAAGAAGCAGUACUUGGAGCCAGAGUUCACGAAAAUCCGUGUGGUAGAUUUUGACCUGAAGGAACUGGUGGUUCUGCCCAGAGAGAUAGACCUCAAUGAAUGGCUAGCCAGCAACACAACAACGUUCUUCAAUCUUAUUAACCUGCAGUACAGCACCAUCUCAGAGUUCUGCACUGGGGACACCUGUCAGGCCAUGACAGCCUGCAACACAAUAUACUACUGGUAUGACGAGAGGGGGAAGAAGACGAAGUGCACUGCUCCCCAGUACGUCGACUUUGUAAUGAGUCUCUGUCAGAAACUGGUCACAGAUGAGGAAAUCUUUCCCACGAAAUACGGCAAAGAGUUUCCCAACUCGUUUGAGUCCUUGGUAAAGAAGAUCUGCCGGUACCUGUUCCACGUGCUGGCUCACCUCUACUGGGCGCACUUUAAAGAGACGGUGGCUCUGGACCUGCAGGGCCACUUGAACACUCUGUACGCACAUUUCAUCGUUUUCGUAAGGGAAUUCAACCUGGUCGACCCCAAGGAGACCUGUAUCAUGGACGACCUGUCUGAAAUCCUCUGCACCCCCGCCCCGCUGCCCGCCGCCGCCCCCUCCACCCCAGCAUCACAACCCUCUCCUUCCUCACAAAACCACGUAACGGAGAGAUGAGCAGGGAGGGGGGCAGCGGCGAGAGCAGCCCCGAGGGUGAUAACCGAUAAGAUGGAGAGAAGGAAAAACAGCCUGGCCCCCUUCCUCGGUGCAAGCAGGACUUAAGAGACCUUCCACUACCCUUAUAUUUCGCUACAACACCAACCAACCAGCCGGAAGGAAAAGGGGGGUUAGGGUUUUAUGGGGGUUUGGGGUGGCAGGGAGGGGUUUGUCACACCAGCAGGAAUUGGCGUGAGCGUUCCUCCCAGGGACAAAUCCCUCCCGUCUUCUCUGCAAUUUAAACUAGGAACAAAAGUAUGUGUAUAUUUUAUUUUUUGGUUUUUAUUUUCCUUUUUUUUUUCUGUUGGAAAUUUUAUUCAGUUUUAUUUUUCGUUGUUGGAGGGUGGUGCAGUGUGUCUGUCCGCCUCUCUCUAUACUCUACCUAACAUACAGUACAGGAGGGGGGCUCUGCUUUGCUUCGACUGACUAUUGUACAGUGUUGUAAUGUGUGGAGAAAAGGCGUCCGUUCGCCUGCAGGCGCAUGGCCGCUACGCCGGUCGGUAGGGAGCCACGUUACCGCCUGACGGGGCGACACUAGCCAAUCACUGUUUGGGUUGUUUAUGUGGGGGAUAAUUAAAGCGCUUCCUACUCAGGACUUGAGAGAUUAGGUCACUGCUGCCAGAGAGGAGUUACUCUCGUUUUCAUCCUCUGUCCCUUGUUCAUCAGACCUCCCAGUCCUCGAUCGUGUUUAACCACAUCGUACUCGCAUAAUCACACGCUGAAAGCCAACAUACGUGUCCCACAGCCUGCCUGUAGAGAGCAGCAAACGUGUAGAGGAUGCCACAGAAAGAGGGAGACAGAGAAGAAAAUGUCUAGAUUGUAUGCUUGAU